CUUUCUUGAGAAAACAUUCUGACGCUUCUCCCCCAUUUCCUUGAAACGUCUCUAACUAUCAAAUAUUCCGAAGACUCCGCUGUCUAUACUCCCAGCCUUGCUCAACCGUUGCAAACGGCCAUCUUCAGUGCGGUGACGACUCAGCACCCGCCACGCACACAAUGUCUCUUCCACAACCUCCCAAACAGCUUGUCCAUACCCUCCCAAAUGGCAAGACUGUCUGCUUCGACCACCAUCUCAGGCGUUGCGAUUUCUGCACUGUAGACUUUUCAUUCGGCGAAUCUGACGAGGAUGAACCUGGCUAUUACUCUGAUGGCACCGAUGACCUUGUUGAUGAGUAUGGCUCUGGAGAUGAUGAAGACAAUGAACGUGUCUUCAUUUUAACAGGAUCUACGGCACGUUUCACUCCUCAGUGGGAUGAGCAAGUCCUCGGACCUGGAAAUACCUACAAGAUCCAGAUGAAUUACGAUAACCCUCCGAAGGCUUUACCCCUCUCAAGCCUUCAGACACAUUACUGCUCUUCCUGUCAUCUUACAUGGCUGGUCGGAGAGAAAGGAGAGGCUGCUGCCAAAGACCACCCGUCUCAUCAUACCUACUCGCAUGAGUACUGCGGUACAAGUCGCUCACUACUCGUGUUCACGGAUGGUGCCUGUUCUGAGAAUGGAUCUUCUGGUGCUCGAGGAGGACUAGGUGUAUUUUUCGGCCCUCACUCUAAGUUCAACUUUGCAGAGUUUCUCGCCGUUUCCGGCACUCCAACCAACCAGAAGGCAGAACUUGAAGCUGUAGCCCGAGCCAUGGAGGAUGUUCGCAGAAAGGUUCUACCUAAUCGUCGAAGCAUUGUCACAAGUUCCAAAGGGGGUCAUGAUCCUCGGGCUGUGUCUGCUGUCAUGCGUAUGAGGCUUAUCAUUGUCACAGACUCAAGCUACAUCGUGGAAAGUAUGUGUAAACACAUUCAGGACUGGAAAGAGAACAAGCAGGGAGUAUUGAUGAACAAAGCCGGCAAAGCCGUAGAAAAUUCCCAGGCAUUCUUGCGUUUACAGAAAGAAGUGGAUGCUCUUAGCAGGGUCGGGAUCCAGGUAGCUUAUUAUCACGUUGGAAGAGAGGAGAACCGCGAUGCGGAUGCUCUUGCAAAGGCAAGUAUUUCGGGGAGUCAAUCAAGUCACUAAGCUCACAGCCGUCAGUCGACGAAGGAUUCGGAGGACUUUCAAUAUGACGCAUAGUGAUAGUUUAUGGGUCAAUUUUAGUGAACUUUACUGCGCUUCAAUUCAGUCAAUGGUACGAAUCACGCUUGAAUCAGUCUGCCGUGAGGAUGAUCAGAGAGCAAAGGAACUUAUUCAAUUGUUGUGGAUGAAAAUUACUCUCUGCUGUAGGCAAAAUAGAAUAUUUGGGGGUUUAAGACUGUCUAGGCUUCGAUUCGUUCUUGCUCAACUCUUUAGUCGUUAAUAUUACUCUAGUGUUUACUGUUUUGCCAAGGCUCGCUUGGGACAAAGAGGACUUGAAAAUGAUUAUCCUCGACUAUUCUAAUAUCGUACAUGGAAUGUCAAAUAUUGUAUCUGGCAAUGACACAAUAAUGGCUUCAUCUUCUUGUCUAACAAAUAAUGUUGUCUUCCACUCCACGCCUCGUUACGAUCGAGAAUAGGGUCCUGUCAUCUCCCCCGUAAGGUCUGCCAAAGUUUGCCCCAGGUAUUGUGCAAUAGGGAUUGUAAUAAACCCCAGUCUGGUCCAGAUCCUAGGCAUAAAAUUCCAUACUUGAUGCAUU